AUGAGCGAUGAGCUCGCCGAAGAAGCGCUGUUCCUGCGGGAGCAAGCAUUCAUAGAUGUGCCAGUUGUGGUACUCGACCAUUCUAUCGCUUGGUGCAAAGAGGAGCUGCAAAAUCCGCGUUCUGCCAACCUCCUUCUUCGUCUUGAAGAGGAGAGAUACAUGCAAACCAAUACGACCAUCGGCGACAAUUGCUUAUGCUUCGCCAUGCGCAGAAAUUUCUCCUUGAUCUUGUCCUCCGUCAGGUCCGGGCAAUCUGCCCAGAAGUUCUGCGCUUCCUGGAGGCCGAUCUUCCACGGGGACAGCUGGUAG